GAAUAAUCUUAUAAUUUGUAACAAUGUAUAUCACGCGUUAAGAAAGAUUAAAACGUAAUUAUUUUUUCGCGCCAUAAAUGCGACAGACAAAAGGUCUAUCUUGACAAUGGUCAAGUGCUACACAGUGAUCAGUCGCGCGUGGUGUAGUAUCAGCGCUUGCUAUCGGCUCUCAGUCGAAUCGAAGACACCUCCGCGUUUGGAUGAUAAUCUGUGGCGAUUAAAAAAUAAGUGCAUACCAAAAAUGAAUUUUAUAAUUUCAAAGUUUAUGUGGAAUAAUGGAACGCGGAUUAACCAAUAUAUAUUUGCAGUUAUCAUAACAAUUCCCUUGCUCAGCUUCGGCAUGGUGCAAGGCUGGCUUUCGCCCAUGAUAUCCGUGCUGCAGUCCCCGGAGGGGCCGUCCGCGCAGCCGUUCACGUCGUCCGACAUAUCCUGGAUGACGUCCGUCACGUACAUCACUGCGAUCAUCUUCGGCGCCCCCAUGGGCCACCUGACAGACAAGUACGGCAGGAAGGUGAUGACGCUCAUCACCACAUUGUCGCUUAUUAUUUACUGGCAGAUAAAGCUAUUCUGCCUGUCGCCGUGGGCGCUCAUCUUCGCAAGGGCCAUAGCCGGGAUCCCUUGCUCGGCCUGCUACAUCGUGCUACCUAUCUACCUGAAAGAGAUCAGUGACAUCGACCUCAGAGGCGCUCUCGGGUCACUACUUAUAUUGAAUAGGAAUAUAGGCUACCUGGCCAGUUAUGUGUGCGCUGACAUACUCUCAGUGAGCACUAUGCUGUGGAUGGGUCUGCUGGUGCCGACCGUGGUAUUCUUCAUCUUCCUCAUUAUGCCUGAGACGCCGGAGUUCCUCGUCAAGCAAGGAAAGAUUGACGAAGCAAAGACAGUGUUAGCUUGGCUGCGCGGUACCUCAGUGAUAGACAGGAGUAUAGAGAUGGAAAUAGAGAGUAUCGUGAAGGUGGAGAAGCAGACCAGGGCUGGCAAUAACUCGCCUUGGAGUAUUAUACUGCGCGACAAGCCAACGUUCAAAGCUUUCAUCAUCACGCUCGUCAUCAAGAUCACUCAACAAUUCGACGGGUACCUCAUCGUGCUGAUCUACGCUGGCAUCGUGUUUGGACAGGCGUCGGAGUCAAUCGACCUGAACCUCAGUCCCAACAAGCAGGUCAUGAUGAUCGGAGUGGUACAGCUGAUCGGCUCCACUGUCGCCACGUGUAUUGUAGAGAAGACUGGGAGAAAACUGCUCCUGGUGACCACCUCGUUUGCAGUGGGAGUGGGCAUGUUGGUGCUGUCAGCGUGGUUCUACCUGACGUCGGUGGGCGUGUGGCUGCCGGGCUGGCUGCCCGUGCUGGCCAUGUGUCUGUGCAUCUUCGCUGACGCCGCCGGGUUUCAGCCCAUCUCGUAUAUCAUCAUCACUGAUCUGUUCACGUUCCAACUCCGUGGCACAGUCUCGUCCUUCGCCAACAUCUGCGCGAAGCUUAGCAACUUCAUUCAGACGAAAUGGUUCACCAGCUUGUGUGAACUCAUCGGAACGCAUUGGACCUUCUUAUUCUUCGCCGUGGUCUGCUUCAUCGGCUGCUUUUAUACAGUAUUAGACUUCCCCGAAACCAGGAACAAGUCUGUCGAAGAGAUUUACGAGAAGCUCUCUGGCAGAAAUCGAGAGAAAGAGAUAAAAGACAGCAAUAAGACUGAUAUUAUGCCUUAGUGUGAGUGAGAGAAAUAGUGUUUUGUGAUGUGUUAUAUACAAUAUUUUAUUUGUGAACUAUUAUAUGAAGUUUGUGUGUAUAGUACAGAACAUAUCGUAGUCAUUUCUGUGCGUUAGCUAUACUCUAUUUAUAAGUGUUACGGAAAAUUUGAAUGCUGUGAGUCAUUUGUUCUACGGCUGUCAAUUUAUUAUCGUAAAUUUACCUGAUAUUAUUCAGAAAAAGUUUAAAGCCAAAGACAAAGAAAACUAUACACUAUAAUGGUCGUAGCAAUAUGAGACAGAAUAAGUAUUCAAUAUGCUUUUUUGGCAGGUUGCAAAAGUUGCCUUGUAAAAGCUGUUAUGAAUGGCAAAAGGAGUUCGCGCUCUGUCCUAUUUCUGCACGUGUAUUUAUAAUACACUGCUCUCUUUCUAGCAUUAGCGAAGUAACAACGUCUAUAGUUUUCUCUGUCCACCUUCACACCAAACUGGCUAAAAUUCUAACAUUGAUGAAUUUAUUCCUAAUUGUAUAUGUUCUAUUUACUUAUAUUUCCUUGUGGCAUUGAAUUAUAUAAGAAUCGUUAAGGUAAUUAAUAGACCAACAGAAAAUAUCUGUUUUCUUUAUUAAUUUGUUUCAAGAAAACAAAAUGAGUUAAGAUAGUAUCCUUUUUAACAGUAACGAUGAUGAAAUGGAUUGAAAAUAAUGUAAUGGAUUGAAAAACAUUAUUUUCUUAAAAAGUCAAUGUUGUAUGUAUGUUUUAUUCAGGAUUGUAGUAUGUGCCUUCUAGUUGGCAAGUUUAAGAACUUGCUCACUGAGCAAAAACUUAGUCGCUAGGCCAUAAUAAUAUAUUUUAUGUGAUAAUCGUAAAUGUAAAAUGUAUAUAAUGUAAUGAUUUAUAAACUAUUAAUUUGUGAAUAGAUUUCACAUUCAUUGUGAUAAAUAUCGAUCUACUAGGAGAUUAAAUUGUAAUAAGUGAUCACAACCUGUCAUUUGUUUAUUAACCUAAGUAGCAACUUGUGCGGUUUGAAAUAAGUAAAAUACUUUACUUAAAAAGUUUUGGAAGUAAAAAAAUUUAGUCAAAAUUUAUUUUCGUAACUCUGAACACUUUUACAAAAAAACACGCAAAUUACCUAGUUAUUUUUUAAGUUUAAUCCCCUUGGUAGAUAUUUUUAUUGUAUUUAAUUGUUUAGUUAUGUACUAAACGUAUUAUAGAAAUUAAAAUUAAUAGAAUUAUUUCAAUUAUUCUAAGUUUUACUUGUGCUUUGUAAAAGCACGUUUUUAAUUGAAAUCUUGAUUUUUUUUAUUUAUAGAUACGUCUGAUUACUGACUUUGAUAUUUAAACAGACAAUAGUCACCGGCGCAAACUAGGCUCUAAACUUGUGUUGUAUAAUAUGUACUUAUUGUUUGUUACAAAAAUCAAAAAUUAUUCGGUAACCAGACAUAUUUUUACAAAAAAUAUCCAUAUUAAUAAAAACAAUGAUUAUUUAUUUAAUACAUUAAUUAUAACGUGGUUAGACUGAGUUUAGCCAUGUCAUGCAUUGUAAGUAUUUUAAUUGUUGAAUUUUAUCGAAUAAACGAAUUUAUUUACAAGACUUGUUGCCUUACAAGUUGCUGUUAA